AUGUCUUUAUUAGUUAGUGGUGGUUUUCAUCAGGCUGAUGAGCGUUUCACUGAUGAGUCUCGAGGGAAGCAAUGUGCCUUUAUUACCUUGUCAGCGCUGUUAACAGCGCAAAAUACACCAGUUAGCGAGUGGAACUCGGCCACCAUUGACAACGUAUUAUUACAAGGUGACGAGAUGUAUCUGAACGCUUUGGAUAAUUGUCAGAUCCCACGUGAACAGUUUUUGUUAGUGGAUCACUUACCGAAGAUUGUCAGCAAUCACUUCCUGACAGACAAGCCGAGCAAUAUUCCCUUUGAGGUAUGUACAUACAAAUGCUUUGAGACGCAGAACAUUGAUCCGCCUAUUCCAGCGGAGCCAUUGAGGAACAAAGUAUAGACAAUGAUCUGCCCAUUGCGGCAGAGCCCAUUGAGGCACAGCCCAUUGAGGCACAAAUAGACAAUGAUCUGCCCAUUGCGGCAGAGCCCAUUGAGGCACAGCCCAUUGAGGCACAAAUAGACAAUGAUCCAAACAAGAGUCAAAUUUGGAUAAUUAAUUAUGGAAAAGAUCGCCAAAGUCUGGUUAUUAAUCAGUGUGAAACUAAACCUCCAUACCACACCAUUAAUUCAGCCUUGUUGAAUACUUUUAUAAAUGCUAACUAUGCCAUUUUAAUACUAGAAGGUUAUAUGACAUAUUAUAAAACAUUAAUAAAACAUUCAGAUUCCUUAAUAAAACAUUCAGAUUCCUUCUAUUUAUUUGAUUCGCAUGCCAGAGAUACAAAUGGCUUUCCUGAUCCUAAUGGCACAGCUGUUGUCAUGAAAUUUAACAAUACUGUACAUUUAGAGCAACAUAUAUGUUCUCUGUCAAUGGGAUUAAAUGCCAACUUAUUUGAAAUUGUCCCAGUGCAAAUCCACAUGGAUCAGUGCAAUAAAACUAGACUUGAAAAAGAUAGAGAAUAUCACAAACAAAAACGACUGGAAAAAUCACACAGUCCAUUUAACCAGAUCAGACUAGAAAAAGCUAGAGAGUCCAAAAAGAGAAAGCGAACACAAGAAACAGACAGUCAGAGACAAAGUAGACUACAAAAAGCAAAGAUAUAUAAAAAACAAAAGCGAACAGAAAAGGCAUCUGGUAAUCAUAAUGAACAGCUGCCGCCACAGCCUGAAAAAAACAAACCAACAGGACUAUUUACAAAAAUUUGA